GGUAAAAGUGAGCGCCGUCGUCUUUACGCACAGGUGAUUUUCAGUCUUGUUUCGCAUUGCGUCGUUUGACAAAAUGGGAAAGCUUCAGGAGUUUACGAUUGCCUUUGAGAAAAACAAAGACGUGUACAGUCCGGGAGAGUCCAUCUCUGGAACCGUGGCAGUAAAACUGGACCAACCGCUGCAGUGUAAAGCUAUCAAAGUGAACUGCAAUGGUUUCUGCGGCAUCACCAAUAAGGUCUAUGACACAGCAUGGACGAUGGAGGAGCAGUACUUCAACAGCACGAUCUCAGUGGCAGACAAAGGUACCCUGAAAGAGGGAAUGCACACAUUUCCCUUCAAGUUUCUCAUACCAG